AUGAAAAGCGACUACGACGAAGAUGAGGGACAAGUUUUCACGGCGAGACUAAAGACCUUGAAGAAUGUUGCAAUAGACUUGACGAAGGAAAUAGAGGCACAGAACAUCAAGCUGCGGCAGCUGGAACCUUCUUUCCAAUCUUCGUUGAAUAGAAUACUUACUACAAUCCAAAGUAUAAGAAGGUCAGAUCCAAAAAGAUUCAGAUCGUGGCUGUAUUUCAUUCUUGGAGGAGCGGGCCUUUCCUUUUUGUUCUUUGUGCUGUUUAUUGCUAGUUGA